CAGUAGGAGCUAUCUAAUUUUUCAAGCAGGAAAACAAGGCCCAAUGCAUCAUUUGACGACCGGCAGUGAGAAUAGUAAUAAGGUAACCAAUUGCUGAGUGAGCGCGAAGUAGAUAGUUGCCUUCAUUUGAGUAACUUAAAAGUUAAAGAUUCCUUGGCCGUGUCCUUGACUGACGUUUUUUAGUGAUGACUGAAGAUUAGGCAUCCAGUCGCUGUAGUGCAAAAUGAUGAAUGUGAUAGCGUUUCCCGCUGAAGGGAUGUCAUGCGCUGACGGCAGUGCAGUUGAGUCAAGCCUUCGGGGAAUGGCGUGGGGAGGCGUCUUCUCUUCUCUAUUUUGUGGACCCAGAGACCGCGCUUAUCUCCUGCUAGAAAACGCCCCGCAUCUUAGAGACGCUUCCUCGUCACCAGCGUGGUCAAAUGUCGCCGCGAAAGGAAAAGAUACAGAGCGCGCGACCACUAGAACGAUGACGAACAACGUGACAACGGACCAGCAAGCGAAACGAGGUGGCGUCACCUCCGUAAGUAGACGCUUUCCUGACUCAUUCGCGCCGACUCCAUCAUCAGCUACUUCGCUAUCGAGACUCCGCACUGCAGCGCUUAGCGUGACCCGUGUGGGGCGGCAUUCAGUUCUUUGCGGGUUCUGGGCAUUUGUGACGUCCUUCAGCCUGUGCACGAUGGAGCGCGAGUGGUCUGAGCUACCGCGGCCCUACUACUCGCUGGUAGCCGGUGGCUUUUCAGGCGCACUCACGGGCAUGGCGAGACUGGCUUCACCCUUGAGCGUAAUAGGCCAUGCCGCAGGAAGCGCAGCCUUCGUAACGGCUGCGACACAAGAUGCAUCUGUAGCAGAAUUCAUGUUGGAGCACAUCGUUACGGGGGACGACUCUCCUCGAGGAAUAAUAACAAACGAAGGCGACAGUGAAGCAAUAUCAAGAUAUCACGACGCAAGACAAACUCCGAGAGAUCUCCAUGAAAAAUUUUAAAGGACAUACAUUUCGGAUUCUUGUGGAAGCACUUUGUUUGGGAACAAGUGUCAACACAGGUGGUGGAGGCAUUUUCCCUCUUCGGGGUCUCUCGGUAGCGAAGACUAUGAAGUAACCCGGAUGAAAAAGGUAAGAACUCCAGCUGUUGCUGACUUGACAAGGCCAAC